AUGCCAAUAAUACCUUAUUCAUCGUUAUGGAAUAAAUUAUUGAAUACUGUUAUCUUUCGUCAAACAACUGAUGAUGAUGAUAAUGCACAACAAAAUGUUACUUAUCUUUCAUAUUUUGUACAUUUACCCAAUAUAACUGAAUUAGAAUUUGGAUCAGAAUUUUGUAUAUAUCAAUGUAAAAGUCUUCAAUUUAUUCUACAAGCAUGUCCAAAUGUGACUGGUGUUAGAAUUAUGGUUCGCGGACGCGGUCGUGGAUUCGGACGUGGUCGUGGAGCAAGUCGAGGUCGUGGUGGUCGUGGAGCAAGUCGGGGUCGCAAUGGUCGUGGUCGAAUCAUCAAUCGUGGUGGUCGCCGUGGAGGCUUUCAAAUAGCACGCUCGCAAUCAUUAAAUGUUGAUCAACAAACAACAUCAGUCAAUCCUUUAGCUAAUCUUGACAUUAAUGUUGAUCCUAAACCAUUUUUUGUUAAUGCAAAUGUAACAAUCGAUCAACACAUUCAAGCACAAACUACAAAUCUUCCUCGUUAUUUAGCUGCCUUAUUCACACUUGAUGAAAAUAGUGUUGAUAUUGGACAAAAAGCUAAAGCAUGUGCAUUAGCGGCUGCUUGGUGUCGACAUGAUCAUAAAUUAGCUAAUAAUCUUUUACGAUGUCGACGUUUAUUCACUCUAACUGAAGUACUUAAAGCAGUAACAAUGUUAGAUGCUGCUCGACAAAUUCGUGUUUAUGAAAAACAACUUAAACGUCUUGAAUUAAGUAAAACUAAACCAAAAGCAACAAAAUUAGGUAAAAUUAAAAAUAAUCUCGAUAAUUUAAAUAAACUCAAGCCAUCUACUGGAUCAGCUAGUGGUGCUGUUGCUCGGCAUAUUCAACGUUGGACUCGAACAUUAACUUUACAAGAACUUGAAUAUUUUGCAUUACAUAUGCCAACAGAACCAUGGAAAAAAUUAGCUGAUAUUGUUCAUUUUAAUCCAACGAAAGAUUUUCCUUCUUUACCUUGGUUUUUACCAUUUUGUUUUGGUACACCAGCACCAACAGAUACAAUGGUAUCUCGUUGUCGAGAUUUAACAGUUGAUAAUAUUAAUAAUUUAAUUAAAGAAUUUAAAAUUCCUUAUUCACAUUUAAAACAAUUUAAAGAACACUUAAAUGAUCAAUCAAAAGCAAGAAUUGCAUCUUAUGAAGAAAAAUUAGAUACUAUUUUAUGGUAUUAUGAAGAUUUACAAUGUUCAGAUGUAGAUGAUAUUAUCAGUGAACGAAUACGAAAUGGUGAACAGAUUACAUUACCAUAUGGAAAACUUAUGGAGCGUCUUUUACUUCUUCGAACAAUACGAGAUAAUGUAUCUGAAACAAGGAGCUUUCGAGGUACUGGACGUGGACGUGGAGCCGAACGAAUUGCUAGAAAUGUUGAUAAUCAACAUUCAGCUGAAUCAAGAAAAAUGACAUUCUAUUCCGAUUUAUUAGUAAUAGCUGAAGCUCAACUACAAAAGAUUAAAUUACCAUUAGAAUCACCAGUUGCUGUUAUGGGAGAUGCAUCUAGUUCAAUGAAUGUUGCUAUUCGUACAGCAACUAUUCUUUCAUCAUUAUUAACAGCAAUUUGUUCAGCAAAAUUGAACUUCUUUAAUAAUCAAAUGUUUUUACCUGCUUUUACACCAAAAACUAUUGAAGAUGUUCUUACAUUAGCAUUGACAACAAGAGCAAGUGGUUGUACAGCAAAUGCUGCUGGUCUUGUACCAUAUUAUGAUAGUAAAGAAGUGAUAAAAACGUUUGUUAUGGUGACAGAUGAAGAAGAGAAUACAGAUGCUCGAUUAGCUGACGAUACGUCAACACGAUUUUUUAAUUUAUUUAUGAAAUAUCGUACAGAAAUCUAUCCAGCUAAAUUAGUAUUUAUUUCAUUUCUUCGUCAUCAGCAUGCUCAAGGUCAAAUGUAUAAAGAAUUUCAAGAUGCUAAUGUACCUGACGUAAUUCAAUUCAAAUUUAGUGGUGAACGUCCAGAUUUGACGAAAAUUGAUAAUCUAUUGGGUUUAUUAUCAACUGGUUCAUCAGACUCAUUUGAUGAUAGAGUAGGAAAAUUACAAAAUGAAUUUCAACAGAAUGGUAUGGAGUCAGUCAUUACGAAAUUACUUAAUCAACAAGAAGAAAGUAGUACUGUUCCAAUGGAAGCAGAAAUGGCUGCGGUCACAACGAACUAA